AUGAAAGAUAAAAUAACAUCGACUAACUUCAUUGUUAUCUUUUCUUUUAAUGAAAACUAUCAAUACUCUUUAAAAAAUAAUCAAGAGUUUGAGAUUAAUCCAAAUAUAUUGUAUCGAUCGAAUGAAUCAGAGAAUGAUGCUAAAUAUACACCACGUGUAUUGUUGUUUGAUUACACAUCGAAUUUGGGAUCGAUGAGUAAGGAAGGAAAGUUAUUGACAAAUCAUUUGAAUAGUUACAACAAGAUGAUCCAACAACAACAAGAUCGCAGUGGUGGUGAUGGAAUGGCUAGUUUUAUCUCACAGCCUGUUGGCAAUCCAAUGAAUAGAAAGGAUGAGACGGUGGAUUAUCGCAGUAGUACGUUUGAGUAUUGGUCAGAUUAUAUGCACACAGAUUUAAAUGGUCUGUCAGUGAUCGAUGUCAAUAGUAAUAGUUUGCCAUCGACACUAUCUAGUAGUGGAUCAUUGUUUGACGAUGGUAUAGAGAUACUUGGCGACACGACAGCAUUGACAGAAAGAUAUCAAGAUAAUCUUAGACGAAUGAUUGAAGAGUGUGAUCAACUACAAGGAUUCCAGGCAUUUGCAGAUGUUGAUGGUUUGUGGGGAGGUAUGACAACCUCCAUCCUAUCACAUCUCUCUGAUGAAUAUGGGUCAAGACCAGUCAUCACAUUUGGAUCGACCCCCUAUUCACCAUUGGUUCAUUCAAAUAAUCAAUCAGUCAUUGAAGAAAGAUUAUUCAAUACUACAAAGGCUGUAUCAUCUAUAUCACAAUUUUCAUCAAUCUAUAUUCCAAUUUCCUCUCAGCAUUGGGAUACUAUUAAUCAAUCAAAUUUUAAUACUUUAAAUAUGAAUAAUAAUUAUCAAACAUCAUCAAUUAUUGCUUCUGCAAUUGAUACAGCUACACUUUAUUAUAGAUCAAAUUAUCCUUAUUCUUUGGGUGAAUUUUGUCGUUCACUAUCGGUUCAAUCAUUAAAUCUUUGUACACUUUCAACCACCUUUCCCAGUUCGAUUGCUAAACUUGGCAUUAAACGAUCAAAUGCCAAUAAUUAUAAUAAUAGUCCAUAUACUUAUCCUUCAACUCCAUUAUUUUCAAAUCCUGCUUUACAUUAUUUAACUCCUUUUAUUUCAAAUGUUCAAAAAUCAUCAUUUUCAGAGAUUAUAUCAAUUAGAGGUGAUCCAAUUGAUGAAGAAUCAAAUACAAUUGAAAGUCAACAAUCUUAUGAUAGUGUAAAGAAAAUAAUUGAAGGUUAUAUUGAAUUUUCUAAAAAGAAUUCAAUCUAUUCACCACAAACUACGGCCAUUUGUAAUAUUUCACAACCAUUUAUUGUUGAUAGUUUAAGAUUCCCUGCUUACAAUAUCACAAAACAGAAAUCACAAAACUCUACUGCAAUGGAAAUUGAUGGGCAAGUAGCUGCUAAAUAUGAUGAACCACCUCAAUCUAUUUUAUCACAUAUUCAAAAUGGCCCAUUGAUUGCGAGCUACCUCAAACCAUUAUGUCAACAAUUCAAAGAAUUGACAAAGUCUAGAAAUGUUCAAGUUUAUAGAACUGAUGAAGAUCCAACAUCAAAUGAAAUGAUUAUUGAACAUUUACAUUCAUUAAAUGAUAGUUAUAGUAAUGUAUCAAAUCAUAAUUUUUAA